UAAACAAAAAUAGUGUUGCCGAAAUAUAAAACCCUAAUUUUCAACACCUCACAAUAACAACAACUUAGCUAUACAUCUAUCUGCCGGAAUCCUUCAUUGACGGCCGCUUCAAAAUCUUUCGAGGGCAACAAUAUGACUUUCAAGAGAAGGAAUGGAGGAAGGAACAAACAUGGACGUGGCCAUGUUAAAUUCAUUCGUUGCUCUAACUGUGGAAAGUGCUGCCCUAAGGACAAGGCUAUCAAGAGAUUUCUUGUGAGGAACAUUGUGGAGCAAGCUGCUGUUAGGGAUGUUCAAGAAGCUUGUGCAUUUGACCAGUACACUCUUCCAAAGUUGUAUCUGAAGAUGCAGUACUGUGUCUCUUGUGCUAUUCACUCCAAGGUUGUCAGGGUCCGUUCUCGAACUGAAAGGAGGAACCGUGAGCCCCCAAAGAGAUUCACUCGCCCAAGGGAUGAUGGCCCCAAGCCAGGUCAAGCUCCACGCCCAGGUGGUGCUGGUGGUCCUCCCCCAGUUCGUUCUUAAGGGUGAUAAGGAUCCAAUCAUCGUGUCAGACAUAUCUGAUGGUUCAAGAUAAUUCAGUUUCCGUUCUAUGAUGCUUUUAUAACCUUCUAUCUAGGUAUUGGCAUUGUGGUUAUAAAGAUUCUCUUCUGGUUUUUGUAUCUGUAAUGAAUUUUAAAACUUUGGAUUCCAUGAACCCGUUCGAUGGUCUUUUUUUUAA